AUGGAUCGAGACGGAAAUUAUCCAGAAAAAAAAGCUAGAAAAUCUUCACAAAGUGGAUCCAGUGGAUCGGAAUCAUCUCAUAGAAAAAGUCCAGAGAGUUCCAAAAUGUCAGGAAGCGGUUCAAAAGAAACCAAAGCAUCCGGGGAAGGUUCAAAGGAAUCCGAAAAACCCGAAAAGGGUCCAAAAGACUCCAAAAUUACCGGAGAAGGUGCAAAAGGCUCCAAAAUAGUCCGAGAAAGUCGAAAAAGCUGCAAAGUAGUCAGAGAAAGUCGAAGAAGCUCCAAAGAAGUCAGACAAAGUCGAAAAGACUCCAAAAUAAACAGACAAAGUCAAAAAAGUUCUCGAAUGUCUGCAAGUGAUUCACUAGGACGCAGAAAAUACAGAAAUGGUCCAAGAAGAUCCGGAGAAACCAAGAGCGGUUCAAGAAGUUCCACAAGAAGCGGAGCUGGAGCUGAGGCAUCGGUACAAGGUCCCGCUGCUCCAAAUAUUUUGACUGCAGCCGAAAGUGCAUUAGGGAAGGUUUCAAUAAUACCGACUAAAAGUGUCACCUUUGUUCCGAAUGAUAAACGACAACAGACCUAUGUGGUCCUACAGAACGAUUCGGAGCGUCCUGUAAUGUUUAAGAUGAAAUCAACUCGUCCAGCAGUAUAUAAAAUGAAGCCAGUGUUUGGAGUUAUUAAACCUAAGGAAAAGACUGAUCAGGCGAUCGUUAAUGAGUAUUCUAUUCGGCUAGUGUAUUUGGGUAUAAAAAUCGGCUACAGAAUCCCAAUGAACGAUAGGAUUACAAUAGUUUUGGCGGCGGUUGCACACAAACCAGGUGGUAGUAAAGAAGUCGAUGCACAAAUCAUGACCGAAGGCGAAAUGAUAAAGAGAAAAUUACGAAUAUUAUUCAAAGGUGUCAACGAUCAGAAACCAGAUGACGACGAAGAGGAGAAAAAAGCAUCGGCAGAAACAGCACACGAGCAGGCAGUAAAAGAUCAACAGUUGUACAUGAAUGGCUACGAUGAAGGAUAUAAAGCUGCUCUAUUGGAGAGCACGGGAUCAAAAGAAAAGGAAGGUCCAGAAAAGGAACUUGAGCGUCAACAAAAAACUGGAAUUGGGAAAGAACGCGCUUUCCAAGAAGGUUUCAAGGAAGGCUACAAGAAAGCAGUGGCUUUGUUAAAAAUGACCGAAAAGAAAGAACAAAAAGUAUCAAAAGAACAACUAAAAUCACCAUCAAAGGAACCAGCAAAACCUGCAUCCAAAGAAGGUAAAGAAGAACAAAAAGGGAAAUAUUCGAGAGAACGUGGAAAAGCGCCAUCAAAGGAACAAGUGAAAGCCCCAUCGAAAGAGGUGGUGAAAAGAGGUUCAAGACUAGUAUCAAAGGAAAAAAUAAAAGCACCAUCAAAGGAACGAUUGUCAAAAGAACCGGUAAAAGGCCCAUCGAGAGAGGCGGUGAAGAAGAAACCAUCGAAAGAAGUUGCAAAGGCCCCUCCGUCAAAAGAAGAAAUAAAGAAACCGUCAAAAGAGCAUGUAAGAACACCAACGACGCCUCCUUAUUGGAAACCAAAGGAGGAAAAAAAGCAGGAGAAACCCUCGGAUGGAACAAAUGUUAUGGCAAAAACACCUGGUGGAACGGAUCCAGCAUUGGGAGAGGCUUUAAGGCGAAAAGAUAUAGUUCAUAUAGGACCAACAGGAAAGCGGCAAAUCGUCAUAGUAAUGUAUCGUGACCCGAAACUUCCCGAAAAUCUUCUUUCACGAAGUGGAGACGAAGAUGAAGCGGAAGGAAAUGGACCUCGUGAUGGCUGUUCUGCUUGGGGAGAUUGGCAACAGGUGACAUGUUGGUGGCCGGAUCAACCGCUUUCUUCUUUGGCUCCAGCUUGUGCCAAUGCGCCAAAUCGAACGAAAUGGCCGGAUUACGUGAACAAGCUUGUACAAGCAAAAUCCGAAGAAAGAUAUUCUAUGAUAGUUGACGAGUACAAAAAGAGAGGAGAACCUGCAAAAUGUGGUUUCUGUAGUCGAAGUUUCGAAUGUCGCAUAAGAAAUGACACUGAUAGCCGUCGCCAGUGCAUGCUUAAAGAAAUCAGAGAAAUCCAGCGAUCCUGUGAUGAUUCCAAGCCUUGUGAGAUUAGUGUUGAAAAUGGUGGUUGUCCUCCGCCGGCUUUCUUAGCACGAGGUCGUCUUGGUCAACUGCAGAGUCUUAUACGAGAGGGGAAAUUCCAGGAUUUUGCCACGCAAUUUUUCGAUAUUAGCGGGAUUAAUGUAAUGAACACUCAACAAAGGAGAAAGGGAAGAUCAUACGACGACUCGGAGAACUCCAUUUGGGACAAUUCAGACUCGAUGGGACCCAAUGGAGAGAAUGACGUGGACAAAGCAGCGGUGAAUAUGGACCAUUCAGUCCUGCUGAGAGAGGAGGUGAAAACCGAUUCGAACCUGCCUCUUCAGGUGGAAGAGGUGCAUUUGGUCCUGAAGGACAAGGUCGAGGUGGAAGAUUUGGUCCCGAACCCCGCAGAGGAGGAGACCGAUCCGGAUCCAGAGGAGAUGAACCAUUUAGUCCAGGGGGUGGUAGAGGUAAUGAAGAAAGAUAUAGUCCCGGUGGUGAUAGACCAGACGGUGGAGAGCCACAUGAAGGAAGAGGACCGUUUCGACCCGGAACCGGACGAGGAGGAGGUGGCCCAUUCAGACCCGGAAGGAGACGUGAAGAUGGCCCAUUCGGACCAGGAGGAAGAGGAAGAGAUGGUCCAUUUGGACCGGGAGGAAGAGGAGGAGAUGAUCCGUUCGGACCUGGAGGAAGAGGAGGAGAUGACCCGUUCGGACCUGGAGGAAGAGGAGGAGAUGGUCCAUUUGGACCGGGAGGAAGAGGAGGAGAUGACCCGUUCGGACCUGGAGGAAGAGGAGGAGAUGGUCCAUUUGGACCUAGAGGAAGAGGAAGAGGAAGAGAUGGUCCAUUUGGACCGGGAGGAAGAGGAGGAGAUGGCCCGUUCGGACCUGGAGGAAGAGGAGGAGAUGGUCCAUUUGGACCUGGAGGAAGAGGAAGAGAUGGUCCAUUUGGACCGGGAGGAAGAGGAAGAGGAAGAGAUGGUCCAUUUGGACCUGGAGGAAGAGGAGGAGAUGGUCCAUUUGGACCUGGAGGAAGAGGAGGAGAUGACCCGUUCGGACCUGGAGGAAGAGGAGGAGAUGGUCCAUUUGGACCGGGAGGAAGAGGAAGAGGAAGAGAUGGUCCAUUUGGACCUGGAGGAAGAGGAAGAGAUGGUCCAUUUGGACCGGGAGGAAGAGGAAGAGGAAGAGAUGGUCCAUUUGGACCUGGAGGAAGAGGAGGAGAUGGUCCAUUUGGACCUGGAGGAAGAGGAGGAGAUGACCCGUUCGGACCUGGAGGAAGAGGAGGAGAUGGUCCAUUUGGACCUAGAGGAAGAGGAAGAGGAAGAGAUGGUCCAUUUGGACCGGGAGGAAGAGGAGGAGAUGGCCCGUUCGGACCUGGAGGAAGAGGAGGAGAUGGUCCAUUUGGACCUGGAGGAAGAGGAGGAGAUGGCCCGUUCGGACCUGGAGGAAGAGAAGGAGAUGGUCCAUUUGGACCUGGAGGAAGAGGAAGAGGAAGAGAUGGUCCAUUUGGACCGGGAGGAAGAGGAAGAGGAAGAGAUGGUCCAUUUGGACCUGGAGGAAGAGGAGGAGAUGACCCGUUCGGACCUGGAGGAAGAGGAGGAGAUGGUCCGUUUGGUCCUGGAGGAAGAGGAGGAGAUGGUCCGUUUGGUCCUGGAGAAAGGGGAAGAGGAGAAAAUGGUCCAUUCGGACCCGGAAGAAAAGGAUCCGAUGGUCCCUAUGGUCCUACAAGACGAGGAACAGAAGGAUCUUUCAGACCAGUAUCUGGUGAAGAUCGACUUGGUUCUGGCGAAAGAUGGCGUCGUAACAUGCCUGAUCAGCUCCAAGCAUUGA